AAUAAAGACUAAACUAAACCGCAGUAACCAAAAGCAGUAGCUUACGACAGUUGCGGCGGUUCACUCGUGUGUUUGCUCUUAAAAUAUUGGUUAAAUUGGUUAAAUAUUUACUAUCUAAUACUUUCAUUGCUAUCUUCAUCUUUUAGAUUAGUUAACAAUGUGAAUAAAGCGAUGGAUCUCAUUUUAAUUGUUUUCAAAAAUGGCUACAUUAGUAACAAUGAGUACUUCAAUGGCAUCCCCUAAGUCUUCCCUCGCUAAGCUUGUAUUGUCUCCUAAAACUAAACCUUUUAAAGUUAUGGUUUUAGGUCAAUCAGGUGUGGGAAAGUCUGCGUUGGUCGUACGAUUUAUAACUCGGCGAUUUAUUGGCGAAUACGAUCCCAAUUUAGAGAAGAUAUAUACAUUCCAAACUGUCAUUGACAACGAAGCGGUUUACUUUGAAAUACUCGACUCGGCUGGCGAUCCUCACGAAAGUGAAUUCUCUAAUAUAGAGAGUAACAUCAAAUGGGCAGAAGCAUUCAUCUUAGUAUAUUCCGUAACAGACAAAUGUUCAUUUGAUGAAUGCCACCGGUUGAAAUUUUUAAUAAACUAUAAUAAGAGACGACGUAGGCUUGCCUCUUCUAUAAAGGACAAUAUUCACGAAACUCCGGUAGUCCUUGUUGGCAACAAGAUAGAUCAAGUUGGCGAUCGUAUGGUGACAACUGAAGAAGGUCAACGCCGGAGUAAAGAAAUAGGUUGCGUUUGUUUCCACGAAAUAUCUGUCAGAGAAAGCAUUGAUCAGGUUUAUGGCGUAUUCAGAGAUGCACGACGUUUCUGGAGGGUUGGAAGUAAAUGGUCCCGAGGCCGCAGCGACACUGACUUGCCGACUGCGUUGGGCAGACCACUCUCCAGAGCAGCCUCCGAUACUACGGAACCUACAACGGUUUCGACUACGUCUCUUUGUCGUCGUUGGACUGAAUUCGAUUUCGAGGAAGAAGAAAAAGAAAGGGGUGUGAUUCGUAGUGAUUCCAAUUCUUCCAGUGAAACCAUUGAUGAAUUUCGUGCACGAGCUAGCACGGAUUCGAGGCUACCACCAAGGCCCACUAGAUCUCGACACCCGCCGGUGACCAGACCCCUAACCACUCCUGUUAGACGAAUGAGUGUAGCAAUGAGGGGCAACAGUUCCAGUACAUACUGAAGCUAUUAUGCUGCUUAAAGACAAAUCACGCUCAUUGAGCGAUAAAUACAUUACAACGGUUGGUGGUUACAGGAUUGCAUAUACAUUCACGUGGCAAAAUUUGUGUUAUGGCUCUAAAACAACGCUCAUGACUUGUUUUGACAAUCGCAGAAAGACCACAUCGAAAAAUUCGUGUUGUGGCUGACAUUUAGUAAGCAAUCGAAAAUCGUUGUCUGCUUGUGAUCGACACAAUGUGUCGUUAGACAUAACGUAGGUAUAACAAUAUCGCCACGUAUAUAUCUCCACAAAAUGUCGGAUUAAAUCUUUUUCUACAACUCAACCAAAUAAGUUAAAAUAAAUAAAAUUACUUUUUUAUACAUAUUGCAUCAUAGGAAUAUUAUUGUGUCUCUAUAAUCAUUUAAAUGUAAACAGGGCCCAAAAUAAUAUUUUAAGAUGGAUCGCAUUUAAAAAGAUAUCGUUGUAACAGAAUACUUAUCUUUCUGAAAGCCCAAUCUUCUGAACUGAUG